ACAUAUGCAAACGAUAGAGCAAAUAAAUCUAAGAAACUUAUCUUCUAUGCAAUUCCGUCGCAACUCAAAAAUAACGAAGUUAUUAGACACGGAAGUGUCUGAGAGCACGAAAUGAAAAACUAUCUCAAUAUUUUUAAAAUCGCCAUCCGAUAUCCUUUCCUAUUUUUUGUAAACAAAACAAUGAUGCCGCUUUAUUUUGUAAAAUUUAUCGCAAUAUUUCUAGUUUCGUUCGUAGAAAAUGUCCAUAUCAACUUACAUGAAGGACAUUUUAUUUCUCCCCAAAAGGAUAUGAUAUUACAUGAGUAUUACUAUGAUAAUAUCGAAUAUUUACAGAAACCAAUACAAAUCUUACUCUGCGCAAAUCGAUGUGUCUGCCUCACAUUACGGGCAAGAGGGGCCUGAAGAAUUGCGCGGUAAAUUUGAAAUCCAGUAUGUUGGCGUACCAAGUGCGCGCGAAACAUUUUGAAAUGAAAUAGUACAGCGCAUGCGCGUGACAAUGUCACGAGAGCCAAUAGUAUUACAUAAAAAAUGUUUAACCAAUCACAUAGCACCACCUGCGUGAUAGGUAUGUAUAGUGGUGAAGUAAAACCAAUGUAAUAACUCUUUACCAAAAUGGAGGACGCAAGGUGCGCAGGGUGUAAUCCACAUUAUUAUAAAAUCAUUUCUGAUUAUUUGGGGGAAAAUGAAAAAUCGCUUUUAUUUCUUAGGGAACACGGUGUUUUGCCUCGGUCGGUGAGUUGCCCACAUUGUAAUUUACCUUGCAAAUAUCGUGAAGAUCGACACGUGUGGUAUUGUGGCCGAUGGAAAAAGAUCGCUAAGACAAAACGGCGCAAAAGUUGCGUUUUCUCGACCAGCGAUUACACAGGCACGUUCCUGCAGGGGACACAUUUGGAACCAUUUAAAGUAGUUUUGUUUGUUAAUCAUUGGCUUCAGAAGCAUUGGGAUCAUGAAACUGUCAUUAAAUGCAUUGGCAUGUCAAAAACAAGUAGCGUAGAUUGGAGGAGUUUUUGUUCAGAAGUAACCCAAAAUUGGUUACAGAAUCAAAAUUCUAUAGGAGGUGCCGGUGUAAUCGUUGAGAUCGACGAAACGCUGCUCGUGCGCCGGAAGUACAACAGAGGGAGGCAACUUAGUCAAGUGUGGGUCUUUGGGGGUAUUGAGCGUGAUUCUAAAAAGAAAUUCGUGGUGCCGUUGGUAGGCAGUGAUAGAAGUGCAGACACGCUCAUACCCCUAAUAAAACAAUUCAUUUUACCAGGAAGUGUUAUAUGUAGUGAUGGGUGGGCUGCCUACCGUAAUUUAAAACAACAUGGGUACGAGCACCUGGUAAUUAAUCAUUCAGAAAAUUUUGUAGACCCACACUUCCCACAUAUCCACACACAGAAUAUCGAAAGGGUUUGGCGGGAUUUAAAAGAAUUCAUUAAGCGUCCGGGUAUGCGAGCUGAUUAUUUACAACAAUAUUUAUCUCGAUACCUAUUCAUAAAAUCAUGUGAAACACCACUCCAUAACUUUUUUACCGAGGCGGCACGGCUCUACCCGCCCCAAGGUGGGAGAGCGAGAGAGGGUCCCCUGCCUCCCCCAAUACCAAUGGAGGAAGAUAGCUCUUCUGAGAGUGAAUAAUCAGGUAAGAGUAGGAAAAAAUUGUAUCGCCGGUAACUUAUACUAUAAUUUUACAGGAUUUACCAGAAGUCAAUAUUGUGGAAAC